CCAGAGCGAGAACCAGAGCCUAGCGGCAUCGGGUGACAACGCUGAGCGGCUUAAGAUCUCCAGGAGCGGUUUGCCAUGGCUGGCCCGCAGCAGCAGCCCCCUUACCUGCACCUGGCCGAGCUGACAGCAUCCCAGUUCCUGGAAAUCUGGAAGCACUUUGAUGCAGACGGAAACGGGUACAUUGAAGGCAAAGAGCUAGAGAACUUCUUCCAAGAGCUGGAGAAGGCAAGGAAAGGCUCUGGCAUGAUGUCAAAGAGUGACAACUUUGGAGAGAAGAUGAAGGAGUUCAUGCAGAAGUAUGACAAGAACUCAGAUGGAAAAAUCGAGAUGGCAGAGCUGGCACAGAUCCUGCCGACGGAAGAGAAUUUCCUUUUGUGCUUCAGGCAGCAUGUGGGCUCCAGCGCCGAGUUUAUGGAGGCUUGGCGGAAGUAUGAUACAGACAGAAGUGGCUACAUCGAAGCCAAUGAGCUCAAGGGGUUCCUGUCUGACCUCCUGAAGAAGGCCAACCGGCCCUAUGAUGAACCUAAGCUUCAGGAGUACACCCAGACCAUACUACGGAUGUUUGACCUGAAUGGAGAUGGCAAACUGGGCCUCUCCGAGAUGUCCAGACUCUUGCCAGUACAAGAAAACUUCCUGCUGAAAUUUCAGGGUAUGAAGCUGACCUCAGAAGAGUUCAAUGCCAUCUUCACAUUUUAUGACAAGGAUGGAAGCGGCUACAUUGAUGAGAAUGAGCUGGAUGCCCUCCUGAAGGAUCUGUAUGAGAAGAACAAGAAGGAGAUGAACAUCCAACAGCUCACCACCUACAGGAAGAGCGUCAUGUCCUUGGCUGAGGCGGGGAAACUCUACAGAAAGGACCUGGAGAUUGUGCUCUGCAGUGAGCCCCCCAUGUAAAGGGGUGAAGGGACAGGGGCUGCUUCUGCACCUCCCCUAAACCCUGCCCCCAAUAUCCUGUCUCUCUGACACUCCUUCCCAGACCUAGUGAGCAAUACCGACCCUCCCCCACCCCUGCAACCUGCGCACACCAGCUUGUGGAGCGGGAAAGGAGAGCGGGUGGCUGAUAGCAUUCCUUCGAGCUGCCCCAGCCCAACCCUGGCCAGACGGACAGUUCUGCUUGCCGUGGAUCACCAGUCACGUGGGUGGUGGGUGGGGGCACGGGUGGAGCUCCCCUAGUCUCUGCGCUGUGAUGCAUGAGCUCCUUCGCUGUAUGAUUUAGGCUUCUGAGUCCAACAGAAUGGACUCUUUCCUCUUGCUGCCCCUGACCUUUGCCCCAGGCUACCACCAACCCCGAAUUUUCCAGGUUCUGCCCACCAGCUUGCUAAAGAUGUAGCUGUCCUCUCAGAGGUCCUGUGCUGGAGGGCCAUUGCCCUCUUGUGUUCUUGACUUGUGUGUUCCUUUCAUCUUGGGGAUUCUUGUCUUCUUGUUUACCAAAGAAGAGUUUACAGAGAAUAAAGUGGAAAUGUUCUGCCGUGGACACUCA